CUGGCCUGGGUCAUUUGGGCUAAAUAUUGGACGGUGCUGUGCAUGUGCUGUGAGGCUUACACACAACGGUAAAUAGGGAAUGUCAGCAUUUGUCACGUUCUAGAUACGAGUUUUUUUACAUCGCCCCUUCCUUUUCCCCAAAUCAUCUUGAGCAGACUAUCAUCAUGGGGAGAAUCUGUGCUGUUAUUGGGUGCUCGAACAGUACAUACAAGCUUAAUAAAUGGUAUUCACAAUUGUGUGACAGACAUGGCCUGAAAUACGGGGCCUGCGUAUGCACACCACCUUUUGUACUAUUCCCUUUUCCUUUGCAAAAUAAAGAUGCAGACGGCCGUCAACGAUGGAUAAAGGCGAUAAAUCGAAAACGUCCAAAUGGCAAAAACUGGGAACCAACGUAUGGAGAUAGGGUUUGCUCAUAUCACUUUCGAGAUGGACAACCUAGUGCAGCGUGGCCAGACCCAACAACGAAUCUGGGAUAUGGCUCAGCACACCAGUCUUCACAUAAAUCUCCCCGUCUGCCUCCAAGAGAAAGACCUCAGUGCCCAGAAAAGAAGAAAUCAACAAGUAAACGGAAGAGACAGAAUGUCGACUUGACAGGAGAUCCUGACUCACAUGAAACCUCUACGGCUGAGGAGCACCUAGAAGUUAGUGAGACAGCUUCAAGUAAAGACAAGAGGAAAUCAACAUGUAAAUGGAAGAGAAAGGAUGUCGACUUGACAGGAGAUCCUGACUUUCAUGGAUCCUCUACUCUUGAUGAGCACCAAGAUAUUGAUGAGACAGCUUCAAGUACCGAUAACAUGGCGAUGAAGCAUGCUUGUUGGACGUCUAUCUCAAGUACAGAUGGAGGAGAGGGAAUUACUCUUCAGUCAUCACAUGAACAUGAUGAAGAAAACAUCUGCAUCAAGGAGGAAGGAGAAGUUGAGGAGGAGGAGACGUGUCUUUCCAUUCCAGGUUCAGAUGGAUUGAGAUAUGAGGGUCAGCUUGUAACUCAUAACGGCUUGGUCUUCACCAUCAAACAAGAAGUUGACACAGACAUGUUUGAAUCCCUCUCAAGUACAGAAGGACAAGACUCAUCGACAGAACAAGAAAUGGUCUAUGCCACCAUAAAGCAAGAAGACAAAGAAGAGAUAUUUGAAUCUAUUACAACUCACGGUGAAGGAGGAGGAGAAACUGAGCAAUCAAUUCUUGAAGAUGAUAAACAGUUGGACAAUGGACAGGACAAGAUACACCCACAUACAACUGCAUACAGUGGAGAGAAGUCCCAUCAGUGUUUACAUUGCAGUAAGACAUUUACAGAUGAGAACAUUCUUAUACUACAUCAGAAAACACACCAGGUCGACAAUGAGCUUACUAGCCACCUGAGAACACAAACUGGAGUGAAAACUUUCAAGUGUUCCCAGUGUGAUGAGGGUUUUCCCCAUGCAAGUACACUUAUUAGCCAUUUAAGAACACAUAGCCUCAACGAAAAGCCUCAAGGAUGUUCCCAUUGUGAUAAAAAAAUGUUUUCUCAAAAGAAUGAGCUUACUAGCCACCUUAAAACAUGUACAAAAGAGAAACAUUUCAAGUGUUCCCAGUGUGAUAAUGUUUUUACUUGCAAAAUUAAUCUUACUAUCCAUUUAAGAACACACAUUGGGGAAAAGCCCUAUCAAUGUUCCUAUUGUGGUAAGGGCUUUUCUUGCAAAGGUAAUCUUACCUGUCAUGUAAGGACACAUACAGGAGAACAGCCUUAUCAGUGUUCCAAUUGUGAUACAAGUUUUUCUUACAGAAGUACCCUCAUAACACAUUUAAGAACACACAGUAGAGAAAAGCCUUAUCAAUGCUCCUAUUGUGAUAAGACAUUUUCUCGAAAGAAUGGUCUUACUAGGCACCUUAGAAUACAUGCAGGAGAGAAAUCUUUUAAAUGUCCCUAUUGUGAUAAGGGGUUUUCUCAAAAGACUCAUCUUACCAGCCACCUAAGAACACAUACAGGAGAGAAACCCUUUCAGUGUUCCCAGUGUUAUACAGGUUUUUCUCAAAGAAGUUCGCUUCGUAGACAUUUAAGAACACACGGUGAAGAGAAACAUGUUAAGUGUUCCAAGUGUAAAAAGGCUUUUUCUGAAAGAAGUAUCGGUACCCUUAUUACACAUCUAAUGACACACAGUGAAGAAGAGCUAUAUCAAUGCUCCCAUUGUGAUAAGGAUUUUUCCAAAAAGAAGGAUCUUAAGCGUCACCUUAGAACAAAUACAGGAAAGAAAACUUUCAAGUGUUCCCAGUGUGAUAAGGGUUUUCCCCAUAAAAGUAUCCUUAUUAGACAUUUAAGAACACACAGUAGAGAAAAGCCUUAUCAAUGCUCCUAUUGUGAUAAGACAUUUUCUCGAAAGAAUGAUCUUACCAGGCAUCUUAGAUCACAUACGGGAGAAAAACCUUUUAAGUGUUCCCAGUGUGAUAGGGGUUUUCCCCGUAAAAGUAUCCUUAUUAUACAUUUAACAACACACAGUGGAGUAAAUCUUUAUCAAUGCUCCUAUUGUCAUAAGACAUUUUCUCAAAAGAGUGAUCUUACUAAGCACCUUAGAACACAUACAGGAGAAAACCUUGCAAUUGUUCCCAGUGUGAUAGGGGUUUUCCCAUAAAAGUUUCCUUAUUACACAUUCAAGAACACACACAGUGAAGAGAAUCCUUUCACUGUUCCCAUUGUGAUAAUAAUUUUUCUUGAAGAAAUAUCCAUAUCUGUUUAAGAACACACAGUGGAGAAAAGCUGUAUCAAUGCUCCUAUUGUGAUAUACCUAUAGGUUUUUCUUGCCAAUAAGGUAAUCUUACAUGUCAUGUAAGGACGCAUACAUGAGAAAAGCCUUAUGCAGUGUCCCCAUUGUAAUAAAAAGAGGUUCUAAAAAGACUAGUCUUACUGUAGCCACCUUAGAAGACAUGCAGGAGAGAAACCCUUUAAGGAUUCCAAUUUGUGAUACAGGUUUUUUUCACCCCUGCUUAUUAGACAUUCACGAACACACAGUGGAGAAUAGCUGCAUCUGUGUUCCCAUUGUGAUAGAGGUUUUUUUUUAAAGAAUCAUCUUAUUUGUCACCUAAGAACUAAUACAGAAGAGAAAUGUUUUAAGUGUUCCCAGUGUGAUAAGGGUUUUACACAUAAAAGUACCCUUAUUAGACAUUUAAGAACACACAAUGGUGAAAAUCCUGAUAAAUGUUCCCAUUGUUAUCAGGUUUUUUUAUUGCCAAACUAAUCUUGCUACAUUCAAGAACACACAGUGGAGAAAAGCCUUGAAAAUCGAUGCUCCCAUUGUGAUUAGAGUUUAAUCUUCAUAUUAGGGCACAUAUCCAUGUACUAGAAAGAAACCAUGAAAACGUCCUGAUUGUAAUAAGAUAUUUUCUUAAAAAGGGGAACUUACUAGCCACCUUCGAACACAUAUAAGAAAUAAACCCUUUAAGUGUUCCGUUUGUGAUACAGGUUUUUACUCAACAAGGUUCAUCUUGUAAUACCCUUUUAAAUGUUGUGAUUGUAAGAAGAGAUUUUGUUAUAAAAGUGAUGUUACGUACGAGCCAGCCAAGAAUACAUACAGGAGAGAAACUAUUUAAGUGUUCCUAAUGUAAUAAUGAAUUUACUUAUAAAAGUGAGCUUACAUGGCAUAUAAGAACAUAACAGUAUCCCUAUAUUAAACUGCUAAUUAGAUUGUAUUAAGAUAUUUUCAUGUAACAGUAAUCGAACUAGCCAUAUGAAAACACAUAAUGGAGAAAAAGCCAUCUAAAUGUAUAAGUAAAAGGGAUUUUAUAUUAAAUUCAUAGCAUGAUCUUGCUAAUUUCCUAAUAACACACACAGCAAAAAUGUCUCAAAUCUAAUUAGGGAUUUUGUCGUAUAACUCUUACUAGCCGCCUUCAAACACAUACAGGAGAGAAACCCUUUUAGGUGUUCUCGGUGUAAUAUAAAGGGUUUUGUCAAAGAAGUACCAUUACAAUCCAUUAAGAAUCCACAGGGGAGAAACUCUUUUAAAGGUUUGUACUUUGUAUAUAGUAAUAAGGGAAUCUUUGCCUAAAGAUAAUAUUACCUGUCAUUUGAGAAUACGGUACAUACAGGCACGCGAGAAGCAGUUUGGGUUUGGGGCGGGGCAGGAAUUCCAGGGGGCUCACCGUUCCCCCCCCCCCCCACCCUCCACUCCUGGCGCCUCUGCAUAUAUAUAAAUGCAAGGGAUUAAUUGAAAAGUAUCUCAUUAGGCUCCUUAGAACACAUACAGGAGAGAAACCUUUUAAAGGGUAACCUCGCUAGUCAUAAAGACCGCUAUUCAUAACAUGCAACUUCCUAUACGUGAAGGACCGCUAUUCAUAAAGCGGAAAGGAUGUCACUUUUCAUAAUGGCAUAAUGACCAUUAUUCAUUAUGUGAGAUAAAGGUCACUAUUCAUUAUCCACAUUGAAGGUCAUUACUCGUAAGGACCGGUCGCUACUCAUAAUACCAAGUGAGGGUCGCUAUUCAUAAACAUACAAAUAAACAGUAUCACACAUAGAAGUAGGAGUGACAACCUUUUUAUUGGGAUAUUGAUGUAUCAGUGUUCUUUCUUACAAGGUUACACUUAAAUUUCAUAAGGAAUAAAAAGUAAACAAUUUUUUUUCUUUGUCACAUUUCAAUUCAGUUCAAUUAAAUAAUAGUUUUAUUUGGCAAUGUUUUCCAGCCAUUUCUCAGUAUAUUUUCAUUUUACCUUGUACCAUUAAAAACUGCAUUUAAGAUCAAGUGACAAAUUAUAUUUAAGAAUACAGUAAUUGAGGAGUGUGUAAAAAUCAGAGAACGCGGCCGGACUCUCUUUAUAGUUAUACAUUUUCAUGUAAACCAUCAAUAAAAGUAUAAAAAAGAAUAAUUAAUACAGUGUACUUAAUUCAAUUGAAUAGAUAAGUAAGUAAUUGUAGCGAUGUGUAAUGUCCAUGUGUACAUAUUGUUUGUGUUGCACAAUCUCAGGUGCACAUGUCUUUCCAAGAAUUUGAUUAAUUUGUAUGCCUAGAAUUGUUUUUAAGGCAUGUUUUCAUUUUAAAAUCAAAUCUAUCGCGUUCAUCAUCAAACUCAUGCCUUUUGAUUGUAUUCAUCCGUGUGACCCAAUUUGUUUGUCUUUUGAUAUACAAUAAAUAACCGCCUUUUAUCUCUGUA